AUGCAGCAGGCUUUGCAGGCAGUGGAAGGGCUGAAACAAGGAUGCCAGGUGAUGGAGGUGACAUCGAUGCUUACCUUUGCAGGCGCACUCGUAACAGUACCUGCAGGGGAAGAAGCUUACGACAGGCUUAUUUUUUGCACAUGUGCCAUGGGCGCAACUAGCCCCCCACCCCCUAGCACCUUAAGAGUGUACCGGUCAGGGCUUUUAUAUGGGAAAAGAGCCGCGACCCCAACCGGAGCACCCCUGGGAGAGGCCGUGCG